GCGUUACGAAAAGCAUUUCCAACAGACUGCAGACAUUCGUCAACAGCUGUUGCCUACACUGACUCGAUGCUGAAGAUCAGAUGAGCAGAAUAAUAAGAAUAAGCAACAAGGAACUCACUCUGGCCUGGCAACGAACCGAAUGAGAAUUUAUCGCGCAACAAAUAUGCAGAAGAAAGUGGAGAUGGAUUGGAUUGGACAUACACUGAGAGGACGGUUUGGGGACACCACGCAGCAGACGAGGCCCUCGAGUGGAUUCGAAAGGGAAAACGACGAGUUGAGUGUGUGAGUGUGACAUGGAGGAGAUGGUGAUUUGAAGAAAUGAAAGGUAGUGGGCAGUCGCGAAGGCAGGUUAGAAGGACAGUGGAGAAGAGAGUGCAAUGGUGACGUGCUAGUGAAGCCCAAUGUUCCUUCCACUAGGAACCCAAGGGAAAAAUAAUAAAAUAUAGGAAAACUGACUAACUGUAACUACUACACUGUUUAAUGCAAACUAUGCAGCGCAGAAAGUGUUAUUUAGUUUUCGCUUAAGACGACCAUUGAACCCUAAAUAUCAUAUAAUGUGUUAUCGAGAACGCAUCUUGGUGAGCACAUUACAGACUUAUUUGAUAGAAUUCGGUAAGCACGAACUCAAUAUUGGUCACUCUUCGAUCGAUAACUUAUAGAUUCUAAUGUUCUUGGAUUUCAACUAAGCUCAACUCUAUAAGUGUAUACUAUCUUCCAGUUCUUUUCUAUUAGCUCGAUGCUAUAGUGCAUAAUCAUAAACAGGAAUUAAUCACCAAACAGUGACACGGGUUCGAACACUCGAUGAAACAUGGUUUUCUUUAAGGUUGUGAAUAUACUUUGUUUAUAAUUUACUCGCCCCAAAUUGUUUUCUUGUGUGCAAUGCAACGUCUCGUAAUGGUGAUUUUGUAUGUUUUGUCUUUCUUUUUCAGUAAGAAAUGGCCCCAAGAACUUUUUGUUGGUUUAAACGGGAAUGCUUAUCACCUGAUACAGAAUGUAUUAACCUGGUUGCUCUUGUUUUUGAGAAUUCUGAGUUGUUUGAGGCUGAGGCAGCUGAAUUGAGCAUUGAAGAGUCAGAUGAUUCUUCUUCGCUGCUUAUUCGUAAUGAUAGCCUUUUCGGAGAAAUCAGUGCAGAAGAAUGUGGUACAUUGCCCAGAAGCCUUCAUUUAGGUUUGUCAGCCCACAGUCUAGCAACAACUUCAGUUGUAACGCCAACUCAUCAUGCACAAACAAUUGAAUAUAAUUUAAUCUCCACCUCUACAUCCGAUGCACGUAUAAACCCAAAUGAAACAAAUUCUGAUGUGUAUAAACCACUUUCUUCUCUAAGUCUCUGUAACUCUCAUCAACUUCAAGAUUUUAUUUCUACAUUGCCUGUUCAUGUUUUGAAUGCAGUCAGUCUGUCAAUUACUACACCUCGUUCUCCUUCUUUGUGGCCAUUGCAUUUACUUGCUUACGCGGAUUCUCCAACUUUUGUACGUGCUGUUACUUCAGACUUGAAGCGUUUUUGUACUUGUUUCAAUGGAUAUCGCAGUGAAAACUCAGACUUAGUUGAUGUCAUAUCUUGUGACUUAGCAUCUGAUCUAACUACUUGCAACCUAUCGUGUUGCCAAGCUGAAGUUGACUUAUUUCAGUGUACUACACCUAGUUUAGCUGAUUGUCAAGUAAACUACUCUAAUCCUUCACUCUCACCGCCAGCACUUAUCUCUUAUGACAAUCUUCCUAAUAAUCACAAGCUCAGUUUUUUGGUAGAUUCAUGUAGUAAAGUGUCUGAUAUCAAUAAAACAGUUUUAUCAGGCAUUUAA